AUGUCUAUCACCGACGCGCCGAUCCUCAGCUCUCGCGCGACAUCCACAGCUGCUGAUCGACUCAUCAGAAAUCACAAGCAGGUUGCCCAUGUUAGGCAAUUGUGGAUUUUCCUGGGCAGCGUUCUUGCCUUUUUGACUCUAGUCAAUGUUAUCCGCCGCCUAGUGGCCUGGUUCACGCCAAUUACCGAACCGCACCCCGGCUCAGAAGCUAAGAUUUCUAUCGAGAAAAUUAAUGAUCAGGAGAAAAACGCACCCGCUCGGCGCGUUUCUUCCUCUAUGGCUCGACGAGGUCUUACUGCGGUGGUAUCCGGUUUCAAGAUAUUUUUCUUCCGUUGGAGGAUACCGUUUGGCUCGGACUUUACAGUCUCUGUCAUUGAGCAGAUUUUCAUUGUUGUUUAUAUUGUUGCCAUGCUCAUAUGGCUUCUUGUGGACACACGUAACCUCAUGCCUAUGAUGUAUCAGGACCGCGCUGCGCUCAUCGCGUCCAGUCAAAUUCCUUUAAUCGUGGCACUGGCAGGAAAGAACAACGUGAUUUCAUGGUUGACUGGAGUGAGCCAUGAAAAGCUCAAUGUACUCCAUCGCGCUGCGGCAAGAACGAACUUCAUGUUUUUCUGGAUUCACGCAGGAACCCGUAUACACUCUAAGCUUCCAAAGAACCUGGAUCUUUCGCACAACUGGAUGCGAUCAGGUGCCAUAAGUCUUACGGCGCUAACACUUGCAACGAUCCUCUCCAUUCGCCCAAUUAGACGAGCUGCCUUUGAAUUCUUCCUCAUUGCGCACAUCAUUCUUAUCUUCAUCUUCAUCGUCGCUGGAUACUACCACGCAAGGGAAUUACAUUUCGGGGGGUAUAUUUGGCCAGGUCUCCUCGUAUGGGGUUUCGACAGGACUCUGAGAUUUUCACGCACCGUCUUAAACGGCCGAUUCUGGAACCGUUCUCAUCCGUCAGAUGCGUUAGUUGAACUCGUCUCGGAAGACACUAUACGCUUGACCAUGCGCCGUGAAAUGUCAUGGACACCCGGACAACACGCAUACGUAGUUCUGCCCUCCGUCAGCAAUCUCCCAUUCGAGGCCCACCCCUUCACUAUUGCCAGCAUCCCUGAAGAAAGAUCAACUAACGACGAAACGGAUGUCGUUUUCCUCAUUCGUGGUAGGGACGGCUUGACAAAGAGACUCCGUGAGCUCGCGAGGAAGAAUCAUGGAUACCGCGUCCCGGCCUUGUUGGAUGGGCCUUAUGGAAUGCCACCCGAUCUUCGCAGAUUUACAACUUGUGUUCUCAUCGCGGGAGGAUCCGGGAUCUCAUAUACGCUGCCGCUCCUUCUUAAUCUCGCCAGAAUCAACGCCCAAAAUGGAUCUUCUGCCGUUAGACGUAUCGUCUUCAUCUGGGCGAUCCGUGAUACAGAGCAUCUUAGAUGGAUAUCAAGGGCUUUAACGGACGCUAUGGCAUUGACAUCUUCUUCUCUUGUUAUCGAUCCUAGAAUCUACAUCACUGGGAAAAAGGCCGUUGUCGCAGAGAUCUCCAAUGUCACGACCCGGACCUCUGACAGCGAAUCAUUGUCGUCUUCCGGAUCCACGCUCAAGAAAGAAAUUUCGCAGAGUGAUAUCCUUGAAUACUCGCGCUCUUUCACUAUCCUUCAUGGAAGGCCCAACCUGGAUGCCUUACUUAACGAGGAGAUUCAAAUGUCUCCUGGUCAGAUUGCGGUCAACGUUGCAGGACCAUCUAACUUGGCCGCAUCAGUACGCCGGACCUUAAGCUCCGGAUCUUCAAGCCCGAUGGCGGCGUUGAAGGGAAUACCAUCUGUUUCUCUUCACAUUGAAACCUUUGGUAGCUAA